UAACAUUUUCUAAACUUACACCUAUUACAUCUCUGCGUAAACUUGCAACUGAAACUGAAAAACAAUUCUUAAAAAUUAACAAUCUUGACAAUUCUAACACUAGUCAAGCAAAAUUUAACUAUUACUUUUAUAGCUACUUCAAAUCUAAUUUGGAUAAUGCUGCUACUAAUAACCAAAUCAAAAAUCUAUACAAACAACAGACUAUUGACAAAAUUACUUCUAAACCUAUUAAUACAAAUACUUUAGCUCAUAUAAUUACAUACUUCUAUAUUCUUAUAUUAAACAAACCUUCUAUGUCUACUAUUAGAAAAGCCUAUACUAAACAAUUUUAUCCAGAAGCUAAACAAAUCCUAUUUGCUAAAUUUUAA